AAGCAUCUCCCUCCAGUCGAGAGAUCAGGAAUGAUAGAGGCAUACUGUAUCGAGCAAAGCAAGCUGAAUUCAACAGAAAGACCAAGAUAAGCAUCUGAAGCAUGGCAACCAUCACCUGCACCAGGUUCACUGAGGAAUUUCAGCUUUUUGAAGAACUGGGCAAAGGUGCGUUUUCUGUGGUGAGACGCUGUCUGAAGGUCCUCACAGGACAGGAGUAUGCUGCAAAGAUCAUAAACACCAAGAAGCUUUCGUCCAGAGAUCACCAGAAACUGGAGAGAGAGGCUCGUAUCUGCAGGCUUUUAAAGCACUCAAAUAUUGUGAGACUUCAUGACAGUAUCUCUGAAGAGGGUCACCACUACCUAGUCUUUGAUUUAAUAACUGGAGGAGAACUUUUUGAAGAUAUUGUUGCGAGGGAGUAUUAUAGCGAGGCUGAUGCCAGUCACUGUAUUCAGCAAAUCCUGGAGGCGGUUCUUCAUUGUCACCAGAUGGGAGUGGUCCACAGGGACCUGAAGCCUGAAAACCUGCUGUUAGCGUCCAAGUCGAAGGGAGCGGCGGUGAAGCUGGCUGACUUUGGCCUGGCGAUUGAAGUGGAAGGAGACCAGCAGGCUUGGUUUGGCUUUGCUGGAACCCCUGGCUACCUGUCUCCGGAGGUCCUGAGGAAAGACCCUUAUGGAAAACCAGUUGAUCUGUGGGCCUGUGGUGUUAUUUUAUAUAUCCUCCUGGUUGGAUAUCCACCAUUUUGGGAUGAGGACCAGCACAGACUCUAUCAGCAGAUCAAGGCUGGAGCUUAUGAUUUCCCUUCUCCAGAGUGGGACACCGUUACCCCUGAAGCAAAGGACCUCAUCAACAAGAUGCUAACCAUUAACCCUGCAAAGCGUAUUACUGCCGCGGAGUCUCUCAAACACCCCUGGAUUUCGCAUCGCUCCACGGUGGCGUCCUGCAUGCACAGACAGGAGACGGUGGAAUGCUUGAAGAAGUUCAAUGCGAGGAGGAAGCUCAAGGGAGCUAUCCUCACUACAAUGUUGGCGACAAGAAACUUUUCAGGGAAUAAGAGUGGCGCUAACAAGAAGAACGAUGGGGUGAAGAAAAGGAAGUCCAGUUCCAGCGUCCAGCUCAUGGAAUCCUCUGAAAGCACUAACACCACCAUUGAGGAUGAGGAUACCAGAGGGAGGAAGCAGGAGAUUAUUAAAGUGACAGAGCAGUUGAUUGAAGCUAUCAGCAAUGGGGAUUUUGAGUGUUACACGAAGAUGUGCGACCUGAGUGUCACCGCUUUUGAACCCGAAGCUCUAGGAAACCUGGUGGAGGGACUUGACUUCCAUCGAUUUUAUUUUGAAAACUUGUGGUCUAAGAACAGUAAGCCGGUCCACACCACAAUCCUGAACCCCCACAUCCACCUGAUUGGUGAGGAAGCUGCCUGCAUUGCUUAUAUCCGCAUCACCCAGUACAUUGACAGCAGCGGUCUGCCGCGCACUGCACAGUCAGAGGAGACGCGCAUCUGGCAUCGCCGUGACGGCAAGUGGCAGAUCGUUCACUUCCACCGCUCCGGCACUUCUUCGGCAAUUGCUAAUUGAACUAUCGGAUUUAGGAAAUGAGCUGCAAGACUCUCCUUAAAGUCUCCAAUCAGCUUUCCAUCCAGGAGCUGUCAGAGGUCGGAUCACCAGGGGAACUGAAGUCCGUCGCAUUUCAUAUCUUACUUGAAACCUGUUUACACUUCCACUAAGUCAAUAUGAAUGGUAUUAUAAAACACUAUCAUUUAUAUAUAGAUAUAUAUACAUACAUAUACAUACUUCAUAUCCAUUAAAACAGAAGUUGUAGAAGCAUGAUAAACUGAUUCAUAUUGAAAAUGUUUUAUUAUUUUAUACAUUUAUUAAUAAUUAGAACUUUUUGUUUUUGUAAGCAGUAUUCCUGAUUUUAAAUCUUUUUUAAAGAUUAUUCCUGGUCCUGUAUGUUGUUAAACUGAAGUAAAAACAGCUUGAUAAAAUUAAGUAUAGUGUUGGAACAAUCAUCUUAAAAAAUUAUUGCAUUUUUAUAGUUAUACUGGUUUAAUAAAUGCUGAUUUAACUAUUUAAGAACAGCACACUCUAUCCCCCUAAAAGCUAAUUUGAAAGCCUGAUGCUUAAGAAAUGAACUCUGUAGUAAUACUGAAGAAGACACUUCUCAAAGAGAUUACUAGACUUGCAGUGGAUGCAUUAUCUUUAGCCUGUAUCUAUUUAAGCACAAGCACUAGAAUAACUAUGUGAUUAUAAAUAGAACAAUAUCUGUGUAAUGUGUAAGUGUUUAAAGACUUGGCCUUUUAGUAUCAGCAUACUCUGUCUUGGUAGUAAGGUUUUUGCUUUCAUGUAACACCCUGGGAUAGAAUCUUUUUUUGCCCACAAUUAUCAUUAACACCAAAAAAAUACAACCAAAAACAACUGAGCCAUUUUAUUUUGGGGCUUGCAAUAGUAUUAUCAUUAUUAUUUUAAAAUGAAUUUGAAAACUGUAGUAGUGUGCUAAUGGUGAUUAGGAGCUUUGAGAAUCUCGCCCCCGAAGAAAGAUGACCCUUUUAAGAGAGACUGAAAUACUGUUGCCAGCACAAAGAAGUAUUACAGUUCAGAAACACCCCACAUGCAAUUUCAAUUCAAAUUUAAAUACUACAGUAUGAAUGAAAAGCAGAUAUUAAUUAUCUUAACAGAAAAAUGUGUAAUUUUCAAGUUAAUUAUUCUUCAUACUUUUUAGACAGCUGCCGUUUUUACACUUAUCCACACAAGUAAACACUAAUCACCACAAACAUGUAAAACAUGUAAAUUGGUAGAUGAGAUUUUCUUUAAGAGGUUCAUUUAUCUUCCAGUCUUCAAUGAUUACUUGAUUUGUUUAAAAUUAUAUUUACACAGAACUAGUUUUGCACUAAAAUUUGUUCUGUAGGUUAAAUGCUGAUUAUUAUUAUUAUUAUUAUUAUUAUUAUUAUUAUUAUUAUUAUUAUUAUUAUUAUUUAUUUGGCAGACACCUUUAUCCAGGGCUGACUGGCAAUAGUUUAUGUAAAUGAACUAAUUCAAGUAAUUACUAUAUAUUAUGUGUAGAAACACAAAUAGUGAGUCAGUUCUGAUGUUGUCCAUUUAGAAUUCUGUUUUAAUAAGGUCUUGCUUAAUUUAAUAUUUUCAACUGAUUUGAUUUAAUGAUAGUAUAUAAUGUGUCAAAGUAUAAAUGCACAUUUUAUAGCAUGCUUCUGGUUUAAUAGCUUGGCUCUAGUAUAAAUCCAGGCUUUAAGAAGUUAAAUGUCUAACUCGCUUUUCUACAGGUGCGUGUUAUAAAGUAUAAAAGUACAUUUUAUACAUACAAUUUACAGCAGGACUGGUAUUCUACACAUGUGUGCAAUAUAUCAGCAUACUGCUGUCCUGUUGAUACUGAAUAUACUGCACUUAUAGCAACACAGGAUAUUUUGCAAUACAUGUAUUAUUGAUCAUGCUGAUUUUAAGAUGCACUUUUUGUUUAGUAACUGUUAGAUUUAGUAAACUAACAUUAUGUUGCAUGUUUACAGAUUUAAAAAAGUUUUGUUACUGUUCGCCCCAUUCCACUACCCUGUACUUCAGAAUUAUCAACUCCAAGUCAAUGUAAUGUGUUUAAAAAGGGUCCCAAACCUGAACACCGCACUCAGAUUCGGACAAAAUAGCGGGGUUAUGGGAAUGUGGAAAAUAGCUGUCACUGCUGACGGCUUAUUAAAAACCCUAGUGGCAAGACUAGUGCAUUACAUCACAGAAAAAAAGAAGAAAAAAAGGAAAAAAAAGAAGAAAUCCCCAGUAAGGCUAUCCCCAGCAUGUUACUGAUUAUACUUUUUUUUUUAUGUAUUCCUAAUUGAGUUACUCUAUGUUUGGCAUGUGUUAAUAUUCAAGUAAGCUAGUUGUUAACAGUUGAUCAACAACAAAGUGUUGUAGAAAUAGAGCAUAAAUGUAUUUUAUAAGAUUUUCUUUUUCCAUACACACACACACACACACACACACACACACACACACACACACACACACACACACACGCGCGUUUGCAUUCCUAUAUUUGUGGGGACUUCUCAUUGACUUUUACUAUAUUUUUAUUUACUAUUUCUAACUCCAGUCAGACAAAACUCCACACAAGGUGAAAGUCGACAACAAACUAAAUAUUUUGGCACUUUUUUAUUUUAUUUUUUUAAGACAUAUUUAGUUCAUAAAAAUGUGUUUUACAAAGAAGGGACGUCCCCACAACGUAAUUUUUUCAGGAGUUACUAUCUUUGUGGGGAUAUUUUCUCAAAUUGUGUCCUCACUUUGAUAGUAAUACCUGCC